AUGGGCCUAGGGCUGGAGGCCCACCUGCUGGUCCGUUAUGUGGGAUUGGGCUUGGCAGCCCAAGAGGCCCACCCAGUGGUCCAUGAUGUGGGUUUGGGUCUGGCAGCCCAUGAGGCCCACCCAGUGGUCCAUGAGGUCUGCCAGGUGCUCCGUAAUGUGGACAUGGGCCUGGCAGCUCAGGAGGCCCGCUUGGUGGUCCAUGAUGUGCGUAUGGGCCUGGCGGCCCAGGAGGCCCACCCGGUGGUCCCUGAAACAGGAACAAGAGCGAGAAGCCCAACAUGCACGGAGGAGGCGGACCAGGAGGUGGAGGAGGCGGACCAGGAGGUGGAGGAGGCGGACCAGGAGGUGGCGGAGGUGGACCAGGAGGUGGUGGUGGCGGAGGUGGACCAGGCGGCGGCGGUGGUGGCAGAGGUGGACCUGGAGGUGGGGGUUGGGGUGGUGUUGGCGGAGGCAGACCAGGAGGUGGGGGUUGGGGUGGUGUUGGCGGAGGCGGACCAGGAGGUGGGGGUUGGGGUGGUGUUGGCGGAGGCGGAGGCGGAGGCGGAGGCGGACCAGGAGGUGGGGGUUGGGGUGGUGUUGGCGGAGGCGGACCAGGAGGUGGGGGUGGCGGAGGGCCGUCAAGGUGGUGGUGGAGGAGGCCCGCAUGGUGGUGGGCCGGGCGGCCCGCAUGGUGGCGGGGCUGGUGACCUGGGGCCACAUGGUGCUCCAGGUGCGCCUGGAGGCCUAGGCCCAUUGCUUGGUGUCCUUGGAGGCCUCGGUCCAUAUGGUGGUUGGCCAGGCCCAUAUAGGGGUCCAGGUUGGCCAGGAGGGCCAGACCCACAUUAUGGACCACCUAGAGGACCUCCUGGACCACCUGGUUGGCCUGAUGGUCCACCAGGCCCAGGACCUCAUGGCCCACCUGGUUGGCCUCCUGGCCCACCAGGCCCGUAUGGGCCUCCUCCUCCACCCUAA